AUGACGGUUUUUCUGUUGCGAGUUUUCUUCCUGCUGGUGCUAAGUUCUAGCCGGACCUUUGCAGAGCCCUUUGUGGCCAAUGGCAAGUGUCCAGCUCGUUGCAAUGUCUCCAAGUGCCCAAGCCCCAGCUGCCCAAGCGGCUACGUCCCCGAUCGUUGCAACUGCUGCCUCAUCUGUGCUGCGGGAGAAGGUGAUUCCUGUGGCCGCAAGGAAGACCCACCAUGCGGGGACAGCCUGGAUUGCAAGCACCCCAUGGGCAAGCGCUUCGGUAAAGGGGUAUGCCAGUGCAAGCUCAGCUACCAGGUGUGCGGCAGCGAUGGCAGGACCUAUGACAAUGUGUGUCAGCUGAAGGCGGUGAGCCGUAAGGCUUUGCAACAGGGGUUGCCAGCUGUCAUCCAGAUCCAGAAAGGCGCCUGUGAAUCGGGUCACCAACAGCCCAACAGCCCAAGAUACAAGUUUAACUUCAUUGCAGAUGUGGUGGAAAAGAUUGCACCUGCAGUUGUACACAUUGAACUUUUCCUGAGACAUCCUCUCUUUGGCCGAAAUGUCCCCUUGUCCAGUGGAUCUGGGUUUAUAAUGUCAGACUCAGGUUUAAUUGUAACCAAUGCCCACGUGGUGUCAAGCAGCAAUGCUAUAUCAGGGCGACAACAGUUAAAAGUGCAGCUACAGAAUGGAGAUACCUAUGAAGCAACAAUCAAAGACAUUGACAAGAAGUCUGAUAUAGCAACAAUAAAGAUUCAUCCUAAAAAAAAACUGCCCGUAUUAUUACUGGGCCACUCGGCUGAUCUGCGUCCUGGGGAGUUUGUUGUGGCUAUUGGGAGCCCUUUUGCCUUGCAGAACACUGUGACAACAGGUAUUGUCAGCACUGCUCAGCGAGAUGGAAAGGAGCUAGGCCUGAGGGACUCGGAUAUGGAUUACAUUCAGACAGAUGCCAUUAUCAAUUAUGGAAACUCAGGAGGACCUCUGGUUAAUUUGGAUGGUGAAGUGAUUGGAAUAAACACUUUAAAGGUUACUGCUGGAAUUUCCUUUGCUAUUCCUUCUGAUCGCAUCUCUCAGUUCCUCACAGAGUCACAUGACAAACAAAAUAAAGAUGGGAAAAAACGCUUCAUUGGCAUAAGGAUGCUGACAAUAACACCCAUUCUUGUGGAAGAACUAAAACUCAAUAAUCCUGACUUUCCUGAUGUCAGCAGUGGAAUUUAUGUACACGAAGUUGUCCCAAAUUCACCUUCUCAGAGAGGUGGCAUCAAAGAUGGAGACAUCAUUGUCAAAGUAAAUGGACGUCCUUUGAUGACCUCCAGUGACCUGCAAGAGGCUGUGAUGAAUGAGUCACCUCUACUACUUGAAGUUCGAAGGGGAAAUGAUGACUUGCUAUUUAACAUAGAGCCUGAAGUUGUCAUGUAA